AUGAUCGCGUCCAUUAGAACAAUUUAUUUGUCGGAGAUUCGCAGGUUUAUUCAAUGUAAACGUUCUGUUCGAACCGCUGCGUCUGCACUGCAAUGGUCGGAACCGAUAGCCCCAAGCUUAGACUCUCACACUUACGGCAAUUUACUCCGUCACUGCAUUCACCAAAACGAUUCAAUCUCAACGAAGGCUAUUCACUGCGAUGUCAUCAAGCGAGGCAUCUGCUUGGACCUUUUCGCUUCAAACAUUCUUCUCAACGCCUACGUCAAAACAAGUCUCUCAAAAGAUGCAUUGAAACUGUUCGACGAAAUGCCUGAGAGAAACAAUGUCUCGUAUGUUACUCUAAGUCGAGGGAACGCGUGUGAAGAUCCCGUUGGUCUUUACACAAGGUUACAUCGAGAAGGUCAUGAGCUUAAUCCACACGUGUUCACUUCCUUCUUGAAGUGGUUCGUCACUGUAGACAAAGCUGAGAUUGGUUGGUGGUUACAUUCUCCUAUAGUUAAGCUCGGUUUAAACUCCAAUGCUUUUGUUGGAGCUGCGCUUAUCAAUGCUUACGCCGUCUGUGGGUUAGUUGAUAGUGCGAGAAGUGUUUUUGAAGGGAUUUUGAGUAAGGACGUUGUUGCUUGGGCUGGGAUUGUAUCUUGCUAUGUGGAGAAUGGGUUUUUGGAGGAUUCUCUUGAGCUGUUAUCUCGUAUGGGGAUGGAGGGUUUCAUGCCUAAUAAUUACACCUUUGCUUCUGCGCUUAAGGCUAGCAUUGGGCUAGGGGAGUUUGAUUAUGCCAAGAGUGUUCAUGGGAGAGUCUUGAAAACAUGUUAUGAGUUGGAUCCUCGUGUAGGUAUUGGUUUGCUUCAGUUGUAUACACAGCUUGGAGACAUGUCUGAUGCUCUUAGAGUAUUUAGUGAGGUGCCAAAGAAUGAUGUGGUACCUUGGAGUCUUAUGAUUGCUCGUUUUGGUCAGAACGGGUUUUGUGACGACGCGGUUGAUAUGUUUAUCCGAAUGAGAAAAGCUUUCGUUGUCCCCAACGAGUUUACUUUUACCAGUAUUUUGAAUGCGUGUGCGUUAAGAAAGUGUUUUGGCUUAGGAAGGCAACUUCAUGGUCUUGUGGUGAAAGGUGGGUUUGAUUUGGAUGUUUAUGUCUCAAAUGCUCUUAUCGAUGUAUACGCCAAAUGUGAGAAAAUGGAUACCGCUGUGAAGUUAUUUGCUGAGUUAUCAAAUAGGAAUGAGGUGAGCUGGAACACAGUCAUUGUCGGGUAUGCGAAUCUAGAUGAGGCAGAAGAAGCUUUAAGCUUGUUUCGUGAAGCUCUUAGAAAUCAUGUGUCGGUAACUGAAGUAACUUGCUCAAGUGCUAUUGGAGUUUGUGCUUCUUUGGCAAGCAUGGAGCUAGGUGCCCAAGUUCAUGGGCUAGCGAUAAAAACCAAUAAUGCCGGGAAAGUUGCGGUGAGUAACUCAUUGAUAGAUAUGUAUGCAAAAUGUGGUGAUAUCAAAGACGCACAAUCUGUGUUCGACGAGAUAGAAACCAAAGACGUACCUUCUUGGAACGCGUUGAUCUCAGGGUAUUCCACACAUGGACUGAGUAGAGAGUCAUUGAGAAUCUUUGACAUUAUGAAGGAUAGUGAUUGCAAGCCAAAUGUGUUAACAUUUCUUGCUGUUCUUUCCGGAUGCAGCAAUGCAGGAUUAAUAGAUGAAGGUGUAGAAUGUUUUGAGUCGAUGAUUCGAGAUCAUGGUAUUGAACCAUGUUUGGAACAUUACACGUGCAUGGUCAGGCUUUUGGGAAGAUCAGGGCAGCUCGAGAGGGCAAUGAAGCUGAUUGAAGGGAUUCCAUAUGAGCCUAGCGUUAUGAUCUGGCGGGCAAUGCUUAGUGCUUCCAUUGGUCAGAACAAUGUGGAGUUUGCAACGAGAUCGGCAGAGGAAAUACUAAAGAUCAAUCCAAAGGAUGAGGCAACGUAUGUUCUAUUAUCAAACAUGUACGCAGGUGCAAAGGAAUGGGCAAACGUUGCGUCCGUUAGGAGAAGCAUGAAGGAAAAGGGUGUAAAGAAGGAACCUGGUUUAAGUUGGAUAGAACAUCAAGGAGAUGUGCAUUACUUUAGUGUGGGAAGGCUAUCACAUCAUCCGGAUAUGAAGCUUAUAAAUGGGAUGCUGGAAUGGCUUAACAUGAAAGCAAGACGAGCUGGUUAUGUUCCUAAUCGGAAGGCGGUCUUGCACGAUAUGGGUGAUGAAGAAAAGGAUAAGAGAUUGUGGUUUCACAGCGAGAGGUUGGCUCUAGCCUUUGGGCUUGUUCGAAUGCCAUUAUCAAGAAACCGAAUAUUGAUCAUCAAGAAUCUACGGAUAUGCUCGGAUUGCCACAGUGCUAUGAAAGUGAUAUCAAGUAUAGUUCAGCGAGAUCUUGUCAUCCGAGAUAUGAAUCGGUUCCAUCAUUUUCAUGCAGGAGUUUGCUCUUGCGGUGACUACUGGUGA